CGGAGUCUCUCUCCCGCCCAGGCCCCGGCUGCGCUUCCCUGGCCGGCACAGCGCGGCGGGCGGGCGGCAGGAUGCAGGCCCCGCACAAGGAGCACCUAUACAAGCUGCUCGUGAUCGGCGACCUGGGCGUGGGCAAGACCAGCAUCAUCAAGCGCUACGUGCACCAGAACUUCUCCUCGCAUUACCGGGCCACCAUCGGCGUGGACUUCGCGCUCAAGGUGCUGCAAUGGGACCCGGAGACAGUGGUGCGCCUGCAGCUCUGGGACAUCGCAGGUCAAGAAAGAUUUGGAAACAUGACAAGGGUUUAUUACCGAGAAGCCAUGGGUGCAUUUAUUGUCUUCGAUGUCACCAGGCCAGCUACAUUUGAAGCAGUGACAAAGUGGAAAAAUGAUUUGGACUCUAAGUUAAGUCUCCCUAAUGGCAAGCCAAUUUCAGUGGUUUUGUUAGCCAACAAAUGCGACCAGGGGAAGGAUGUGCUCAUGAACAAUGGCCUCAAGAUGGACCAGUUCUGCAAGGAUCACGGUUUCGUAGGAUGGUUUGAAACAUCAGCAAAGGAAAAUAUAAACAUUGAGGAAGCCUCCAGAUGCCUGGUAAAACACAUACUUGCAAAUGAGUGUGACCUAAUGGAGUCCAUUGAGCCGGACAUCGUGAAGCCCCAUCUCCCACCACCCAAGGUUGUCAGCUGCUCCAGUUGUGCCAAAGCCUAGCAGGUGCCUCUGCUAGCAUAUGAUGGAAAUAAUUGCAUCAUCUCAUGAAUUGUGUCUCAAUUCCUAGCAUUUUGGGUAAAUGUCAGGUUAGGGAUACACCUGUGGCAAGCCAAAGAUGUAUGCCUGUGUCUUUCCCAUAAGAGAGAGAAAUAGCAAAUAUUCUUUUUAUGUUUUCCCAAAAAUCAGCACGGUGUUUACAAGCUUUUUUAAUAUUUAGUCUGUUACAAAAUUCUGUAUUGUAGCUGACCAUAAUUCUGCAGGGCCAGAGUUGGCCCUGUUAUUUGCUUCUUUGAAUCAGCCAAGGCCUCGAGUCUUAAAGAGAAAGGAGACAGAGCAGACUAGCUGUCAAGUUAAGCAUUGGCUUUCCCUCUGCCCCUGGUGUCUUUCUCCAGAUUUCAACACAUUCUCGGCCGGUCUGACAGACCUAUUAAGCAGAAACAGUGUUGUCUCCUGAGAUGACCUCCAUUCUGAACAGACCUAAAAGUGUUGUCGCUGAUUUAGCUCUGCAGAGUCAAGAACACAGGCUUCCUGUGCUUUUGUAACUUUUAUUGUCACUUGCCAUGCCCUGAAUGUUGGUUUAACUGAAAACUGUAUGAAAAGCCCCGCCCCCUGUAUGUGGCCUGUUCACUUUCUCUGACUCAAGCUGUGGACUCUUCUGUACAUGUAAUAUAUGUUAUAUAUAUUUUCACGAGUGAAAAAUAAAACAUUAAAAGAUGCUGUUUCCCUA